CCAGGCUGAUCCACGAAUGAUAUACCACAAAUAACAAGAAACUUGUUCUUUUUACACCUGAAUCAGGACCUUGAAUAUAUGCGCCGCACCAAUGUGAUCCCAGCUGUGAUGAGACGACCCCUGCCCAACCUCCCCAGCCUCCAGGAUGCACCAGCCAUCCCGAGUAGAAAACUCACCUGCAGCCAGCUCUUAGAAAUCUACACAAUGCUAACAUUCUUGCACGACUCCACUCUUGCUUAGCGUUCCAGAGAAGAUAUGAGUGUGGACCCCGAGUUCCAGCUCAAGCACACCAACGUAUCUCGACCUCGACUCUCCCACCAAGGCUCUCAGCAGAGCGUUGCUGCCUCAUUAGCUGCCUCUGAAGGAUUCUACAGCGUCUCCGAGAACACAUCCAGCGAUAGCGAGGACAAGAAACCUCUCUUCCAAACACCGCCAUCCCACCACCGAACCCCGGCAGCAAGUCAUGAGCAUUUGUUGUCCGAAACUGAAACCCCAAUAACAUCGCUACGCGGCAUUGGUAUCCCGAGGCAACACGGACGCCCUCAAUCGCCGGCUGUCUCGACAAUCGCGGAGGAGAGACCAGGAACACAAGACACAAGGCGGUCCCAGGUGCGGUCCGACAUGGACUCGGCGUCCGUGGCAACGACACCAGGUCAAGACACAACACCAUACAUACGGUUCGCUAUCGACCAGCUGACCCGAGAUGAAGAGGUCAGAGGUUCGCGCGUCUACCCUGAAGAUAGGCCACAGGUCCAAGACGAGGACUACCCUGUCGAGAGAAUUGUCUCAGACGAUGGCUUGGGAUACAUGGCACAAGAGCAAAGGACACAGCAGAGGAUGUCGCAGUACCUGCCCCCGCAGCCUCAGAGACAGCCCUCGGCACCAACUGCGAACACUCAACUACCCGUGGCGGCUCAACCUCAAUACCCUCACCACCAACCACAACAACCUCCCUCUCGGGUAGAGAAAGACGUAUUCGUAGCGAGCACCCAACCGCAUGCGCCGCUCCACUUCCUCCCUGCUAUCCUCCGCCCUCUCUGGCUAGGUCUCUUCAUCUUCCUGUGUCUCACUAUCCUCGCGGCACUAAUCUUCUGCGCUAUUUACUCGAACCGAAGCAACGGUAAUGGACUCUGGGACUACAACUCCUUCGGUGAUAGUCGCUACUUCGUAUUCGAGUAUCUUCCAACCAUGCUCGGAAUGUUGAUUCUCCUCUGGCUCAUCCAGAUCCAGACCGCCCUUCAACGGAUCGUGCCGUUUAUAUCAAUGGCCUCUAAAUCAUUCCACCGACGCUCCGAAGCUGUCUUCCUCCAACUGCAUCCCAUGCAGUUUCUUCUACCAAAUUUCGAGCACUUUCGUGCAGGCCAACGUCGUGUCGGGGCCUGCUAUAUUAUCUUCUGGCUAUUCACUUGGACGAUACCCCUUCUUGCAUCUUCAUUCAACGUACGAUAUGAUCUAGAACGAGGCGUAUGGAGAUGGGUCGCUGUUCAGGGCGUCAUCUGGACCGUCGUCGUUCUAUACAUUCUAUUGAUCAUCGCUUUGGUGGUCCUGUUGAUAUUUCUUAUACAAAACCAGACAGGGUUGAGGUGGGAUCCUCGAUCGCUCGCCGACGUCGUUUCACUUCUCGAACGCUCAAACAUCAUGGCUGAUUACAAUGGCUCCGAGACGUUUGAAAAGGGCGAUUGGCACUUGGUGAGUAACCGCGCUGACCGCAUCGGCUACUGGAGUACUACGAAGCGACCGACCGAUGUCUUCUAUGGCAUUGGUGAAGAGGGUGGAGAUAAUAGGAGAUUUUCGCUCGAAGCAGGUCGAAUUAGGGAGAAGGGACCCGAGCGCACAUAUCCCGAGCCGGCACACGGCAACGAGAAGCCUGGCGACUUUUCUAUUCGCAUGGACAUCCGCAGUCCAGGCGUACGGUUGAGGUACCUGCCGUGGUAUCUCAAAGACACCUCGGUCGUCGCUUGGAUCGUUAUCGCCAGUGUCCUGCUGGUCGCUUUCCUGGCCGUCAGCUUCGUGAACCGCGCUGUCCGCAUCGGCUUUCUACCUCAGGUCUUCGCACGUACGGACGCUAGUGGCUUCUCUGCCUCCAACUUCCUGUACUCGUUCAUCCCAGCGCUGAUCGGCAACUUUCUCUUCUUGGCCCUGCUGUCGCUCGAUUAUUCUCUCCGAACACUCCAGCCUUACAUCUCGCUCUCAUCGAAAGGUGGCGCUACCGCCGAGACCUCACUUCUUGUUGACUACGCAUGUCGGUUGCCCAUCUCGGCUACGAUUUCAGCAAUCGAGAACAGGCACUUCCAAACGGCAGUCCUCUCGCUGGUCUCACUCGUCUCCAUGACUAUUCCCGUCCUAGCAGGCGGCUGCUUCUGGACGCAAUACUGGAACAACGAAGACACGGUCCGCGUCUCAGCAGAUCUCCCAGGCUACUACGCGCUCUGCUUCUUCCUCGCUCUUUACACCAUCAGCUUGCUCGCCUUGCUCCCCGGUCGUCGCCGAGGUGCCCUGCCGCAUCGUAGCAACACGUUGGCCGAGAUGAUAAGCUGGGUGUACCAAUCGCCCAUCCUGGCCGAUCGCGCCUUCUCCCGCCCGCAAACCAAGCCCGAACUCGUCGCUAGACUGAUGGGAAGCACGUACCUCGAGCGCACAUGGACACGCUCCGUCGUUUCCCUCGUCCGGCCUUCGAAGAACAAUCUCAGGGGCGAUUCACCUACGGAUCCCGCGCUGGGCGAGAAGAAGACGAGAAAAGAGAAGAGGCAUGAGAAGCACGACUCGCUUACGGACCCGGGGAAGAUCAGGUACGGCUUUGGCAUCCACGUCGGCCGUGAUGGCCUUGAACAUCUCGGCAUCGACCGGGUGCGACGAGGUGGUGAUAGGAGCGGAAGGGAGUUGGUGAUUUGGGAGGAGCAGCGGAACAACAAGCGCAAGAGCUGGACGGAGCAGGUAUGAAGCUUCAUCCUUUCACGGGCGACAUACAUGAGCGAAGACAACGGUCUUUCGCGAACCAGAGGCGACAUACAUUUGAUUUUUUUCGGCGCAUUUACAGCGAGCAUCGAACUUUUUUACGGCUUUACGGACUUAUGGCAUUGGGUAAACGGCGCACGCACCUUAGACUACACGACUUUUCAUCGACGCGAUGCAGGAGUGUACUUGUAUGAUUUACAUAGACGACGACAUACGGGGUGGAGAUUUGGGGUAAUAUUUAUAUGAGAGGCGAAGGGAAAGGAAAGGUCCAUGUGAUUAUGCGGCUACAUGGUAUAUGGGAAAUGGACUAUGGAUGAAUGCCAAUAUUACUUAUUAUUAAUAUAUUCUCAAUAGCACACACUUUUUCUCUUCUGGUUGUCUUAUUUUCAAAGUAGUGGAGGCGUAAUCAGCAUGAUGAUUGAUGAGGACAUUGAGUAGUUGGUAGAAUUCACAAGAUGUCUGAG